AACCCUAAAAUUUCACAUUUCCCCAGCUCGCAUUGCUUCCUGCCUACAUAUGGUAGCUCUAUUCACGCACUUGUUCCAAUCAGAUCACCACCACAGCUCUUAAUUUCUCCUAGCUAGCAAGUGUUGUGCUAUUGCUCCCUACAGAUCAUCCUCCAGAGCUUUGCUCCGUCAGCCAUGGCUUCAGCUGGUGCCCCCAUUCCAAAGGUGGCCAGCGUUGCUGCCGUCGUCGUCGUCUUCUUCCUGCUGCUGAUCCUCAGCAAGGAGAUAAUGCCGGCGGCGGCGGGGGUGACAAAAUGCAGCGACUACUGUCGCGCCAAGUGCUCCUUGGGCUGCGAGGACAGUGGCUCGGCUUGCACCACAGGCAACAUCAUCUGCAAGGACUAUCCUGAAACAUGUCACAAUUGCAGGGCCUUGGCCAUCGGCUCCUGCUUCGGAGCCUGCUACAGACGCUGCACCGACGACUGCAUCUGAUCGCACGCAAGCAGGUAUUGACGGAUAGAUACAUGGGAAUUGUAUCUCUGCACUGCACCGUGUGUCUUUACUGUACCUCCGAGAUCAUCAAAAUGAUGUGUAGUUAGUUUUGUACGGAGUAUUAACUUUCAGUUAUAUGUUCGUUAUGAAGUUCACUUAAUUUUCAUCUGACCUAGUAGCUAGGUAUAUACAUAGCUCAUGCCACUGGAUGGCAUGUUGAUUCUACGUAAAUAUAAUGAGUUUGAUUUGUCAUUACAAUGAAGUUGUCUGUGGAGUCACUGUACUGUUUAGAAACUAGAAUCCAGCCUUGGGUAAAGUUAAAUGUGCUCUCACUCUCUCUUUCCUUAAAUUCGUUUUUAGAAAACACUUCUCAAUGCGAAUCUGCAUUGAGAUAUGUGUUAUGCAUGUUUAAUAAAGACUAGAUUUUGGUUGGAUUGUUUAUUAAACAUGCAUAACAAUAAUUUCCUUAGUAACAUACUUUGUAACUACAAUCCAACCAACUCCCCCUUCCUUUUUUCCUUUUUGAAAUGGAUCCCCAUUUCUAAAUUACUUUCUCACUCUGAUAUGUCAUGUUCGAACUGUGUGUUUUACUGAACCAGUUUAUUGUCAAGGCUGUGGGCCACGUGCUAGCUCGUAUGCAGGUACCUCGGCCCAUCUGGCCCAGUUAAGAAGAGCAAAGAAAAGGCCUACACGCGUGCUACGAGUAGUUUGGAGGAAAAAGUCCAGGUUAUGUCCCUCAACUUUUACGAAAGUCUGAUUUUUAUUUCUGAACUCUAAAAUCAGAUAAAAUAUAUCCCUCAACUUUUAAAAUUAUACACAUUACAUCUCUGACCUGGUUUUGAAAGCGGUUUUAAUUUUUUUAUUUAUUUCGGCUGAAUUUAAAAAAAAUCACAGUAAAUCACAUAAAAAACAUAAAAUAGAAAACUCAAUUUUGUUGUACUUCAAAUGAGUAGAUAUACAUAUUUAAUAUAUAAUAUAGUAUGUUUUAGUACAAAAUUUUUGAUGCAGCUUUAGAUUUAUGCUUUUCUGUAUUUAAUUA